AUGACAAACAACUUCGAGGAAGACAUUGUGGAAAGUGAAACCAGUUUACAAAAUUUGAGUGAAGAUGAUCUUUCUCAUCUGAAACAGGAAUUCAAUGGUGAUAAUUUGAAUAAGGAGUUAUCUGAGGAAGAAUUAUCUGAUAAGGAACAGUUAUCAGAAAGUCCAAUGAAUCCAGAUGAAACUAGUGAAUCUCGCUUCGACAGUGAAGAACCUAGAUUGGAAAAUGAAAAACUAAGCUCAGAUAAUGAAUUAUUGGAAAAUGAAGCCAAAACGGAGAAUAGUCAGGUGAAGUUUAAGAAUGAAGAAGAUAAGUUUGAUGGCGAAUAUAAACCCGUUGAUGAGCAGUUCAGUGGCGAAAAACGGUUAUUGGAGAGUAAAGAAGAUGUUACCACGAGCCUUAACAAGAAUGGGGAACUGGAUAGUGGAGAGAAUAAGGAAAAAAGCCCAGUGAAGAUAAUAACCGACGAGAAGAAGAAGAAAAAACCCACCACAGAGGGCUCCAACUUCCAGACUAAAAUCAAUGUAGGAUAUAACCACCAAGUUCCCUUCACACCUGCUUUUUUCCUCGAUCAUUCAUAUAAUAAUAAUAACAACGGCUACAAACAGGAAUGGGCCCGAUUAAUGUAUUCUCCAUAUCAAAUGGAGAAAAUCCGCAGAAGGAAAUUAAAGGAGGGAUUAUACGACUCUGUUAUAAAAAACGAAUUUGAACUUGCUGAAUUUAUACAAAUGUGUGCUAAAAACUGGAAAAAUAAUCCAGGCUGGCACCCCUUUUCACCCGAAUUUGCUUAUAAAAUUUUACAUUUUGCUGAUUAUGACCCCAACAAGGCAUUAAAAUACAUGAACGACAACAAUUUCAAUUUUACAUGUAUAUGUGAUCCUCCUAUUAGAAGGUACGACAACAAGUGGAAGCCGAAGGAUAGGCGUGGCCAGGUACCAACAAACCCAUAUCCCCCACCAGUAACCCUAAGAGGUUAUUUAUUGAGAAGGCACACAGUAAAAUAAACUAAUAUUUCUACAUUCA